AUGAAUGAAAUUGAAACAGAGGAUUAUGUAAUUGUGAACGAGGGAGAAGUGGUGGAGGGGAUUGAGAAUUUCAUAGCGCAAUGCGUGGUUUUGGAUCCAAAAGCCAGGGAUUUGGCGCCAGGGAAGCUUCAGAAAGCCAUAACCAAAACGAUGGUUGUGGAAAGUAAGGUGGAGAAGGUUGGCGGAAUCCGACCAAAACCAGAACCACCACCACCAAACAUGGCUUCAAAGUUCUUGAUCAAAAUCAGAAUUACAAAAAAGAAUACCGAACAAAAGAAAUUAGCUUAA